UUUCUGAAGAUUAGAGACAGACACAAAGUGUUGCACGUUUUUGCUUUCCAAGUUGUGACUCUCUCUACCUACAGCAACCGUUUUCGCUUGCCGGAAACAGACAUUGAUCUCUCUCUCCGCCGAUCCCUCCGCCAUGAGUUCCACCGAGAUCCUCCACAUACAGCCCCAGGAGCUUCAGUUCCCCUUUGAAUUGAGGAAGCAGAUCUCAUGCUCUUUACAGUUGUCUAACAAGACAGACAACUAUGUGGCUUUCAAGGUUAAGACGACAAAUCCUAAGAAAUACUGUGUUAGACCUAACACUGGAGUUGUGAUGCCUAGGUCUACAUGUGAUGUCAUAGUAACAAUGCAAGCUCAAAAGGAGGCACCUCCAGAGAUGCAAUGCAAGGAUAAGUUUCUUCUUCAGAGUGUAGUUGCAAGCCCUGGUGCAACCACAAAAGAUAUCACUCCAGAAAUGUUCAAUAAAGAAUCUGGUCAUGAUGUUGAAGAGUGCAAGUUGAGAGUUGUUUAUGUUGCUCCUCCUCAACCACCAUCCCCUGUUAGAGAAGGAUCUGAUGAAGAUUCGUCACCUCGAGCAUCUGUGUCUGAAAAUGGGCAUUCAAAUGCUUUGGACUUUAAUGCGGCUUCAAAAGCUUUCAAUGAGCGGGGUGAGCAUCAGGACACUUCUUUUGAGGCAAGAACUCAUAUUUCAAAGGUAACUGAGGAGAGGAAUUAUGUUAUUGAGCAAAACAAAAGACUUCAGCAAGAACUGGAGCUUUUGAGGCGCCAAACCGGCAGUCGGCGCAGCGGCGGUGGCAUACCAUUCAUGUACGUAGUUGUUGUUGGCAUCAUUGGCAUCAUUCUGGGUUUCCUGUUGAAGAGGACGUGACCUGAGUGAUUAGUAGCAAUGAGAUCAAUUGUAGAAAGCAACAAGAAAUAUGUGAAAUGUGGAAAAACCAAACCAAAAAUUGUUGUCUUAUUGUCGUGCAUUGCUCCUACAAAUUUGGAAUGUGUGGUCAAAAGUAGGUACUUGUUCUGAGCCAUAGCAAUCAUAGACAGUGAACAGAGUUGUAUCAUGGGAAGUGUAAUUGGUAUCUGAUAUGCUACAUGUGAUUAAUUCUUUAGCA